AUGGAGCCCACCGAUGAGAAAACCGCCGUUACGGCCACCGCGGACAAUCCAGUGAUAACCAAGGACUAUUCCGACGCGACGCCUGCCAACAGCCCGAUUCCAAGAGGAUGGAUGUACAAGUCCUUCCAGAUCGGUCGCUGGAACACUAGCUGGUACGCCUCGCCGCGUAUUCAGUUGGGCAUGGUCGCCUUCGUCUGCUUUUUGUGUCCCGGCAUGUUUAAUGCGCUCAGUGGAUUGGGCGGUGGUGGUAAGACGGACACGACCUUGGCCGACGAGAUGAACAUCGCCCUCUACAGUACCUUCGCCGUCGUGGGAUUCUUUGCUGGCACCUUCGUCAACCGGAUGGGUAUUCGCCCGGCGCUGGGCUUUGGCGGCAUCGGAUACACCCUCUACACCAUCAGUCUACUUGUCUCUGAGCACAAGCACGUGCCAGGUUUCAACAUCUUCGCUGGAGCCUUCCUGGGUGUGUGCGCCGGUCUCCUGUGGACCGCUCAGGGAACCAUCAUGAUGUCCUAUCCACCUGAGGAAAGCAAGGGCCGUUACUUUGCCUGGUUCUGGGGCAUUUUCAAUAUUGGUGGCUGUUUGGGCAGUUUGAUCCCAUUGGGUGAAAACAUCAAGGUGACCAACAACAAAACCGUCAGCGACGGAACCUAUAUCGGCUUUAUCGUGCUCAUGUUUGUUGGCGCCUGUCUCGCCCUCUGCCUCUGUGAUGCCGACAAGAUCGUGCGCAAGGACGGGUCACGCGUCAUCCUCAAGAAGUCCCCGAGCUGGACAACCGAAAUUGUCGGCCUGUGGACCACCAUUCGCUCUGAGCCCUACAUCAUCCUGUUGUUCCCUAUGUUCUGGUCCUCAAACUGGUUUUAUACCUACCAGCAGAAUGCCAUCAAUGCGGCGCACUUUGACACCCGCACCAAGGCGCUGAACGGCUUCCUCUAUUGGUUCGCUCAGAUCGUCGCUGCCGUUCUUAUGGGACCCUUGCUGGACUGGGAGCGGUUCCGCCGCAGUGUUCGCGCCAAGGCGGCUCUGAUCGCCCUCUUCGUGCUGACUAUGGCGAUCUAUGGUGGUGGAUAUGCUUGGCAGAAGGGGUACACGCGCGAGACGGUAACUGCGCCGGACUUCGAACCCACUGACUGGACUACCCCCGGCUACGUGGGUCCUAUGUUCCUGUAUUUCUUCUACGGCAUGUAUGAUGCUGUUUGGCAGGGAAUUGUUUACUGGUACAUGGGCGCUCUGGGAAACUCGGGUCGAAAGCUGGCCAACCUUGCGGGUUUCUACAAGGGCCUGCAGUCCGCGGGCGCGGCCGUCAUGUGGAGCUUGGAUCGUGACAAACUGUCGUACAUGUCCCUGUUCGCCUCUAACUGGGGCCUGCUGUGCGGAUCCAUUGUGGUCGCGGCACCCGUAGUGUUCCUCAAGAUCAAAGACCACGUCCCGGUUGAGGAGGAUCUCAAGGGCACGGGCGAGACGCUGGAGGAUGUUUUGCCGGCUGAUCACCCCGAGAAGCGCGCGAUGGAGGGUCAUGUGUAA